CACUUCUUCAAGUUGAAGGCUUCUCGAAUCUAUCAUUUGGAAUCUACACUGCCGCCCAGGGUGAACAUGCGCAGUGCGCAUGCACUGAGUUGUAAACUUGCAGUCUCACCACGUCCUUCUGAAUGUAAUUCAUAUGAUUAUCACGAUCGUUCAAAUUUGCAACACAGAAGGGCAGUGACUUCCGAAUCUUCGAUGUGAGGUAUUCUGAGUCCUCGUAUAUGCCUCCUGGCACACAUAGCCAUAUGCCCAUUGCCCACUGGACCUGUGCUUGUGCGCUCGCAGAAUUCACCCACUCCGGCAGUGGUUAUAAGCCGUGCUGGACGCUCCCCAGCUGUCUCAUUCACCUUCCUCCAUGAAUCCUUCAAACUUCAGACAGAAAUUCGAUCGCUUGCGAACUCUCCUUGCAGGAAGAGGCCGUGGUCAUAGGCCUGUGCUGGACACUCCUUCACCUUCCUCCGUGGAUCCUUCAUCAAGAGACAUCCAGAGCGCUGCUUCACCUCCCUCCAUGGAUCCCUCAACGAUAAAAGAGAAAUGUGGACGCUUCCGAAUCCUCAUAAUAGGAAGGGCAAAUGCAGGAAAGACCACCAUACUCCAGAGGGUUUGUAACACACGGGAGAACCCAGAAAUAUAUAAUAGCGCUGGGGAAAAGAUCGAUCCCGCCGUUGUGAUGGCAUCCAGAGAACGCGGAGAGCACGAUAUCGAGAAUGAAAUGGUAUUUCGAAGCAACCCAGGAUUCAUCUUUCACGAUUCGCGCGGCUUCGAGGCUGGUGGGCAAUCUGAAUUUGACACGGUAAAGGCAUUUAUCGCAGACCGUUCUACGAGAACCAACAUGAAGGGUCGAAUCCAUGUCAUAUGGUAUUGCAUACCAAUGGACGAGGAUAGCAGGUCCUUUACCCAAGCGGAAGUCAAAUUUUUCUCGUGCGACACUGGUGGCAUCCCAGUUAUAGUAGUAUUCACCAAAUUUGAUGCCUUGUACGACGUCGAAUACGCCCAGCUGAAAAGGGAUGAAACCUUAUCUUGGGAAGAUGCUCAAGAACUGGCCCCUAAGCGUGCUGAAGAGUCAUUUGCGAACGGGCCGCAAUUGAAGUUUCUAUACAACGUCGAGGACAUCGGGCGGCCUCCCAAAUGCCAUGUAUGCCUCCCUAACAUGGACAAGGAUGGCGCAGACUGUGGGCUACUCAUCGAGCGCACAGCUGAUACUCUGGACCACAAAACACUCAAGCAGUUGUUCGUCUCAACUCAGCAGACCAACUUGGAGCUCUGCAUGAAAUAUGCAGUUGAAGCAACACUCGCGGAAUUUGUCGAAUCUGCUCAAACAAACCGAUCUCGCAUUUCUGCGGGUCAUGUAAAUGAAAUAGGCAAGUUGUGUGCCUGGUUUCCACACAUUUAUUAUGUCUAUUUAUACUCUCUGGCGCGUCAUCUGAAGACAUUGAUGAUGGAUUGACAGUUUGUGAAAUGUGGGUGUGCUGAUCGUGCGCGAAGCUCAAUCCUUGCUAACCGAAUACAUUGCCGGUCUGUUCAUAGCAUGUUAGUUUGUUCUUGCUCCGUAAAGCUCGAGGCUUACUCACUAACGACAUG